UUUAUGAAGAAGAAAUGCCUAACAUUGGACUAAUCUCAGUGAAGUCUGAUCUUAUUGAAGAGUAUCUUGGAGAUGUUUUGAAAGAUCUACCAGUUUUGGAAAGCAAUGAUCCUGCAGUUACUUCACUUAUUACAUACAAGGAAUUUGAUGAGCUUCAUCACUGGCAUUCCGGCAGACCUUUGACUGAGGAGUAUGAACGAGUACAGUGCAUUGCUGAUGCAAAAUCCAGAGAUCCAAAAGAAAUAAGACAAAUGCAGAAGUUACAGACUUUUCAGCAAUUUUAUGGAAGCACUUUGGAUGACAGCCCUUCAAAACUUAUUGUAACUCAAGAGGAUGUGUCAAGGAAUGCUAAUGCUGCUGUCAAAAAGACACAGAAAAAACACAAGAGUAAAGCGGAAACAAUUGCAGAGGAAAACAACAGGCGACUACAAGCUAAAGAAGAAAAGAAAGAACAGGAGCAAUGGAAAGCCUUGUGUAUAUCAACUGAAAAGGAAAUAAAAGCAAAUUUGACUGUUGGAAUAAAUAAAUUGGAGAAGUUUCUCAAAACCCUUAAAAGUAAAUCUGUGAAGUUCAGCGUAGAAAUGACAGGACUGUCUGCUUGUUCAGAAGUGUGGAAGGGACACUGCAGAAAGCAAGGCAACAAACCAAAAGAUUUAAGCAAAGCUGUUGAAGUCAUGAGGAGAAUUCAUAUCCUCCUUGAAAAAUAUCAAGAUCUCUUGGAGAAACCACAUCUACAGGAGCUGGCCAGAUGCCUAAAAGUUCUUGGAUUUGAGAAUUUGGCACGGUCUCUACCUGGCCAGACAAGAGAAUGUAAUGAUCAGCAUAAAAGCAAGUAUGCUGUCCAAGUGGGUCCAGCUCGCUUUCAGCUACAAUACAUGGAUUAUUACUUGCUAAGAGAAGAGAGAAAUGAUCCAGAUCCCCGAGUGCAACAUUUCAUACCAGACACAUGGCAGCGAGAACUCCUUGAUGCUGUAGAUAAUAACGAGUCUGCAGUGAUUGUCGCUCCCAAUUCAUCAGGAAAAACGUACGCAUCAUACUAUUGCAUGGAAAAAGUUCUGAAAACAAGCAAUGAAGGAGUAGUUGUGUAUGUUGCUCCUACAAAAGCCCUUGUAAACCAGGUGGUGGGAACUAUAUACAGUCGAUUCACCAAGAAACUUCCAAAUGGGUUGGUAGUGUGUGGAGUCUUCACACGAGAUUAUUGCAGUGAUGUCAUGAAUUCUCAGAUACUAGUGACUGUACCUCAGUGUUUAGAAAUCCUGAUGCUGUCUCCUCAUUGUCAGAAAUGGACCAAACGGAUACAGUAUGUUAUAUUCGAUGAGGUCCAUUGUCUUGGCGGUGAAACUGGGGCAGAGGUUUGGGAGCAUCUUCUGACAACAAUUCGAUGUCCAUUUUUGGCACUCUCUGCUACUGUUAGUAACCCAGAACACCUAACUGAGUGGUUACGGUCUGUGAAAAGGUAUUGGCAACAUGCUGAGAAAACAAUAAAAGGAAGCUCAGCAAACUCUGAAGAGAACUUCACAAGAAAAUGUAAAGUGAAGCCUAAAGUACAGGAACAAAAGAAAUCACAUCGUGUUAGACUAGUCUUGUAUGAAGAAAGAUACAAUGAUUUGGAAAAGUAUGUCUGUUCUCGAAUGGGCAGUGAUUUUGUCAUUGAACAUUAUCAUCCAUGUGCUACAUUAACAGUGAAUCAUAUUGAGAACUAUGGUUUUCCUUCAGAUCUUUCUCUGUCUGCACGAGAGAGCAUCCAGCUUUAUGACAUAAUGUUAAAAGUCUGGCGAGAAUGGCCAAGGGCUCAGGAGCUAGAUCCUGAGGAGUUUGUCUCUUUCAAGAAUAAAGUAGUAAUAAAAAAGGCAGAUGCGAGAAAAUAUGAACAGGAACUGAAGAAAGAACUAUGUAGAUGGAUUGUGCUUGGCCAAAGUGAGAAGGUGCAUGAGCUACUGGAGUACCUUAAGCCAAAACCUGUGGAUUGCUCAGAAGAGGAAAAGUGGGAGCAUUUUGCAAGCUUUGUUGAUAAAUUACAUAAGAUGAACAAGUUGCCUGCCAUAUUUUUUAUAUUUAAUGUGAAAUCAGUGGAAAAGGCAGCCACAAGUGUGUUCUUCAAUUUGGUGCAAAAACAAAGGAACGAACAACAGCCUAAUACUGAGCGGGAAAAAGAACGUUUAAGUGGUGAACUGAAAAAAGUGACAAAAAUGCUAAUAAAAUACAACUCUCAAGAUACCAAAAAGUUGACCUCCAGUAAAAUGGAAAACAUGGUACUUCUUUCUACUCAAAAACGACAGCUAGAAAGAAAACUUAAAAGGCUAACUGCUAUCCCUUCUGCAUAUACUUAUGCUGAUCCUAAAGCAGUGGAUGAAGAUACUUUGAAGAAGAUUUUUCAUCAACUUAGGUUUGAGAGAAGACACUAUCUGCAGCAAAUGAUGGCAAUGAGAGGCAUUGGGUUUCAUCAUGGAGAUAUGACCGCCAAGAGAAGACAAGCAGUGGAGAUGCUUUUCAGGCUGGGAUAUAUCAAGGUAGUCACAGCUACUUCAACACUUGCUCUAGGAAUCAACAUGCCAUGUAAAUCUGUUGUCUUCACUGAAGAUUCUGUCUUUUUAGAUGCCCUAAAUUACAGACAGAUGUCAGGGCGUGCUGGGAGACGGGGACAAGAUAUGAUCGGAAAUGUGUUCUUCUAUGAUAUCCCACUGCCCAAAGUUGAAAGACUUAUCAAAUCCAACGUACCUCAGUUGAAAGGCCAGUUUCCUCUGACUGUUACCUUAAUAUUGAGACUCAUGUUGUUGGCUGCGAAGGCUGAUGACAAAGCAGAUGCCAAAGCAAAGGCAUUGUCAGUGUUGAAGCACUCACUGAUGUCGUUCGGAAAUGAAAGAUAUGCUGAAAUAUUAAAAAUUUAUUUUAUGUUUUCCUUGCAAUUUCUUAUCAAGGAGGGCUACUUGGAUCAAGAAGGUAACCCUGUAGGAUUUGCUGGACUUGUGACACACUUGCACUAUUACGAACCUUCCAAUUUCGUUUUAGUGAGCUUUCUUGUGAAAGGUUUAUUCCACAAAUUGUGCCAGCCAGUUAAAGGCUCAACUGUUUUUUCAGAAGAUGUCCUGGAAAAGCUAGUGCUUAUUCUAGCAAACCUAUUUGGGAGAAAAUACCUUCCAGCCCUUUUGAUGAAAUAUAAACGCAAUUUUUGCCAAUCAAAGGUCUUUCUAGAAGAUCUGCCAAAAGACUUUGCUGAUGCUGUAAAUGAGUACAACACCAAAGUAGAGGAAAAUUUUGCUCAUUUUCUUCUGACAACUGCCAAGCUAGCAGAUAUGGAACAAGAAUACAGACUUCCAUUGUCAAAGACAGAUUUUACAUCUAAAAAUUGGCAUGGCUCUGAACUAGCAUCUUAUUUGAUGGACAAAACCAAAAGCAUAUCUGCCAUCUCACCUUUUGCAUGUUUAUCUGGAGUGGUUGAUGAUGAUCUAUUUCAUGGGGACGUCAUUAAUAAAGCUGUCUUACGUUCCCUUGGAAUUAAUGUGACAAACUGCCCCUUGAUUUAUUUGAAAAAGUAUGACAGUCAAGGAAGGAGGCAGCCACUCAAUGCAUAUGCACUGGACUUUUAUAAACAUGGUUCCUUGAUUGCAUUACAAACUGAUAACUGGUUAAAUGAAGGAGAUGCUUACAACGCAGUCAAGGAUUUUGCACUCCUCAUUAAGUCUAUUAGAACAUCACUGAGUGAGCUGUGUGAUGAUCCAAAUGAUAAUGUUCUACUGGCAUUUGAACAACUGGACAAAAACUAUUCAGAGAAACUGAAGCGUGCUACAUGA